CCGCGAGCGACGUAUCGCGUGCUCUUACCUUUUUCAACGCUCGAUCGUCACUCGUGCGCGUUGGAAACUUUAUGGUUUUCAUUUGUUUGUUUUUUUAUUUUUCGUUAUCGUUUAUCCAACAAGUGAUGAGCUCGAUGAUGUUUACACAGGAGUUGCAGACGCUAGAAAACUGUUGAUAUAUAGAGGAAGAGAAAAGAAGAUAACUUUGCCGGAUGCUCGUUACCGGCAACUCGCUAUUUAAGAAAUGAUAAGCAUGGAGGCGUCGCCGUCGAGUGGGACGCGAGCUCGGACGGCAUUACUUACCACCUCCGCAACUGGCACUGCUGAAAGGCGCGUUGUCUUUCUACAACAUCAGCAGCAUGAGAAUCGCACUUGGCCACACAACUGGUCUCCACACACGACUGGCAACGAUUAUAAGUCGACGGAGAAUUCGCCUCACACGGAUAACAAAAUAAGGAUAACAAGAACGCAAUCAAAUUGGUCAGACGACGCGGCCAGUACACCCCGUCAAAUCCGUCAGCCAACAACAACCACAGCAGCAGCAGCAGCAACAACAACAACAACAACAACGAGCGAGUUCACGAGUAACAACAACAAAGUAGGCUUAGGUAUGGCUGUGUACGGCUGGCGACGGAGAUGCCUGUACGUGCUAGUGCUAAGCCUUGCUCUCGUCGUCAUUCUCAACCUCGCGCUCACGUUAUGGCUGCUGAAAGUCAUGGAAUUCAGUUUGGAGGGGAUAGGUUCGUUGAAAGUGAUACCUGGAGGUGUUGAGCUACGUGGCCAAGCUGCCGUCCUCGAUUCUUUAGUCGCCUCUAGUCUCAAGUCCAGACGUGGCAAUAGUCUCAGUCUCGAGUCUUGGUCCAACUUCACUGCAUCAGCUCGAGGUGAUAAUGGCCGAUUACUUGCCAGAUUUACGCUCAGCGAAGACAAAAUGGAAUGCGUGUCGAGGGCCUUCAAAAUAACCGAUCCGAACGGCGAAUUACUGUUCUCGGCGACGAACGAGCGUGUGGUCGUUGGUGCCAAGACUCUGAAAAUCACAGGUGUUGGUGGCGCUGUUUUCGACGGCAGUGUUCAAACCCCACUUGUCAAUUCCGAAGCUGGUCGCGACCUGAGGCUAGAGUCGGCAACGCGUUCUCUGGAGAUACGCGCGCCACAGCGAAUAAGCAUCGAGUCGUCGGCGGGUGGAAUAGAAGCCGACUGCCUGUCGCAGUUGCGACUUAGCAGCCGGCAAGGCACCGUCACCCUUGACGCGCGAGCCGUCUUUCUCAAAGGUCUUCUUGCGCCUCACGAGACGUCAUCGUCGUCGAGAAGACGAAUGCCCAGCAACAGAUCCGAUGGUAUUGCCGUUUAUCAGUUGUGUGCCUGUGGCGAUGGCAAACUCUUUCUCGCCCCUCCCGACGGUGUCUGCCAAGCUGACAAGACUGUCUGCUAAUAGAUAGUUUUUUUCUUAGUUUCCUUUUUCGCGAUUUAUUCCUUGCCUGAAGGGGACGAGCUGUGCGACGGCUGACUUUGUAUACGGUAGACUAUUAGACGCUGGGAUCAACGAAUUUUCAAAAUUUAAUCGGAGCGACAUUCCCUGGAGAAUGAAAAUCGAAACCAUUGCAAUUCAGCGACUCGUUAUCCCUGAGCAGCCUAAAAAGACUUGAAUUUUUGCGUCAAUUAUGCAUAGUUGUAAUUGAGUUUUGGCGCGCAGUUCACGUGAUUACCUCUCACAGUCAACGCGGAUUAUGAUUCUUACGUCGCGCCAAGAGACUUGCUAUGCCGACAAACUAUUAUCAUUAUCUUUGUAUAAAUAGAGCCGUGUUUGUAGUUGGUGCUUCGAUUUCAAGAGUAAUACCGGAAAGGGAUGACGGAGACUGAUUCGAACGACAUGCCGCCUGCGUCGUUUGUACUUCCGAUCGAUAUCUUCUAUGAAAAUUAUUAUUAUUACGUGAAUUUAUCACGAAAACGACAGGAGAUGAUAUUUUUUCAUCUUCGGAAUCUUCCAUGUUCAUUUUUUAAUAUAUUGGUUCCUACGUCAUCAUUGUCACUGGUAUUAUGCACUUGUUAUCAUUUAUUACGAGAUUCGAUUAUUCGUAUCCAUGCAAUAAGCAAAAUGACGUCUACUCUACAUUAGUUGCAAUAACUAUACGAAUGCAAAGUGUACAUGUAAUUCGAUGCGAGAAUAUUUUUAUGGUUAUAUUGUUUGAAUGAAAUCCUGAGGGAUGAAAAAUUAGUGAAUUCGAUGUUGAACGAAAGGAAUUAGUAAGUUAUUUUAGUUGCUACUUAUCGUGUUCUAGAAAAUAGCCACGCAAUUUACGUAGAUUCGUAACGUUUUUAUUUGUAUGAGACAUGUAGUAUAGUAAGAUCAAUUUUGUAGGAUCAAAAUUUAAUAUCUACUAUUUUAUUUGAUGUUGACUAAUGUCUAAAUUAGAGUUUAUAACGCGUAAUUACUCGAUAAUGAGAAGUUUAUAUAUAUUUUUUGCUGAGCUUGUAAAUAUUGAAUGUGUACAACACUUGUGUUUUCAAAUGAAACAAACCAUAUAGCAAUUUUACAUUUGAUUUAUUGAUUUGCUAUUCUGUAAAUAAAAAAAGCGAAAUGAUUUGACUGCAGUCGUGUCAAUCAAUUAUUCAAUAUUUUAAAAACAGUAAACGGCACGAUUUUUCCAAAAAUGUCUACGUACCUUAAAAAAAAACGCACACAAAAAAUAUACACAGCGAUAGUGGCAGAGAGUGGAACUUGCCACGAAUGAAAUUUCAUUGAAAGCUCUGGAAAAAACGAAGAAAAUCCUGUCGCAUCGAAUAUCGUCGACCUAAAAAUAAAACUGAAACCGAUACCCGAAAUAAAACGUUUCGCGUCGAAAAAUGAACCCAUUCCCUCAAACAAAAAAAAUAAAAGAGAGUCAGCUAGGUAAUCCAUACUCUGAGUUCAACAAAAAAGAAAUAAAUAUAUAAAUAAGAUCGCCUAUGUAUUGCAUUGGCAUUGGGUUUAUUUUUCGACGAUUGAUACUAUAUUUGUGAAAAAUGAAAGUUAAGGCGUCGCAUGAUACGAUGCGUGCAAUUGUGUAUGUAGCAAAUGUCGCCAGCGCCACGCGCGAUGUAUAUCUUGUAUAUCAAU